GUGUUCAUGUCUGCAGUGUUAAAGGAUUUUUAGGAUUCCUGUGAUGUCCAGGCUGAUGGAGGUAAGAAAAAUUGAUCGUCUGUUAGUUAUAGUGUUGGUCUAGUGAAGGUUGAUUGUUAAUUCUUGGUAUUUAUAUCUUCAUUCUCUAGUUGUAAGGGUUUGAGGUUUGAGAAGUUUGAGCUGUGGCUCUAUAAAUUUUGGUGGCGGGAUGUUAGUGAUACGUGAGACCCGAAUCAGAGAGGUUUGAUUUGAGCCCUGUGUGUUGUCAAUUGAUGGAUUUCCUUACACAGUAAACUAUUUCUUAUUUUUCCUCUCCCCUCUCCCUGUUUAAUUUUAUAUUUAAAGGGAGCAUACUGCUGGGAGCAAUAAUUAUUUGGUGGCCUAGCAUUUUAUUGAGUAGGGAUGGAGGGAUGGUGGGAUAGUAAUAGUUCUUGAUGAUGCUUUUUGCUGCUCAAACCAAGAUACAGUUUAACUAAGUUUUUGUUAUGUGGGCCCCAUUGGCUUGUUUUGACCCUUCAAGCCCCAAGAGUGAACAACGUCAAUUUUCUCCUAACUAUAUCUGUUCAAUGCAUCAACAAGAGAGAAGGUUAUGAGAAUUAACAAAAUGAUCACUCAAAGGAAAAAUGCUUAAUUAUAUCUUUUGUAAUCAAAUUCUCUCUACUACUUCUUUAAGGAGGCGUGUGGAGGUCAGUCUGGAUUUGCAUUUUGUUGUUUAAGGGUUAUUAAAAUUAUCUGCAAUAUUGAGUUGGUGCAUUAAGCUUUGUGAUCCCUUCCAAUCUCAAACAAGAGAGAGUUUUAGCAACAAUGGCAGCAAAAAAUGUCACUACUAAAAUAAAUUUACCUUUUUAAACUUUGUUGAAAGUUUUCCAAGGCACUUACAAUGUUAGAGGUGUUUAACUUCCUUGGAAAGAAAUUCUUCUUCAACUAAACUUCGCAUUAGGAAUUUUUCACGUCAAAGUUGUGCAGUAAUAGCAAAGAAUGUACCAUAAAGUGUGCUGCAUGUGCAGAGUUUGUUUUUUUAUGGUCAUUAAAUCUAUUACUUUGCGACAAUCCUGUGGCUGUUGCUGUCAUCGUUGCCAAAGGUAGUUACAGUGUGUCCCGAAGUAUAAAGCCAAUCAGGCGUGAGAAAACUAAACCACAAGCAAGAUCGUAAAUUAGUUUGUGGUUUUGUGGCCAGUUCACGUGUCUUUAGUCUACUUGAUGUUUGCUGUGAUUGGUCAUAACACAAUAAUCAUUCCUGAGAUAUUUCAAGUGUUCACGGUUUUUACGGUCGCAUUGUAACAUUGUCCUCACCUCUUAGUGUGGUACAGGUGUACCGUGUUGUUGAGACAGUCUUAGUAAUGUGCAUCAUCUUUAACUUUUUACCCUGCAAGUUAUUUCUGUCACACCUCCCUCCCUAUUAUAGUGAUAUUCCCAUGAUAUUUGCUGCGGAGCGACCGAAGGGAGCGAGCAGCAACAUAAUCAGGAUUUAAAGGAAAUAUAUAAGGGGCGACGAAUUCUCGAAUUCAUCACUUUUUACCACAAUGCAUUGCAUUUAACCACACUUUUUACCACAAUGCAUUGCAUUUAACCAGAGUGCAUUGCGCCACGAACAACUCAAAUAAAAACACGGGGAAGUUCUGCAUCGUUCGCUGCCCAGUUCUACAGCACGGUUAGAGGUCUUACCAAAUUUUAAGACACGCAGGAGUCUCUCAGAUGAGUACGAUGGUUAAUUUGGGGAUUGGAUUUCAAUUCAAGAGCUUUUGACUCGUCCAGGUGUUAAACCUGACGAGAAGAUGAGCAUUUGCUCUUCGACUCCGCAACACGGGGGAAUUCCAGCUUGCUAGGUGAUGUGAAGUUGGAAAAUGUCAUGCAAUGCUACUCUUAAGAAACUGUAUGAGCCGAAAAUAGAUGUGAUUUUGACCAUUCGCUUCAAAAUAACAGCAGAAAUCGCGAUAACGAAACAUAUGUUUUGUGUCCUACUUUGCAGACCAGGACGUGUAUCGGCGUUUUGAAAAGCAUAAUUAUGUUCUUUCAUUCAAUCAUUGCCAUGGAAUAUGCGUUUACAUUGUUUUUUCACUGUUAAUAGCUCGGUUAAUGCGGCUGGCGAUCAUCUUGCCGGCGGAAGUUUCAUGGAAAAGGAAUAAAAUGAAAGACUCUUCCCAAAUAUUACGUUAUCAGCCUCUGUGGUGUAGUGGUUAGGUGUAGUUGCGUCGAGUCGAAGGUGCCGGGUUCAAGUCCUAUCGAAUUAUUUGUUCCUUCUUUCUUUUUUUUUCCCGUUUUUUUUGUUGUUGUUUUCUAUAAAUAUAUAGCUAAAUAACUGUUACUUAAUAAAGUGCAACAAACAGCAAGAAAAGUAUUGUGUUUCCAGAGAAAAUAUCGUGCACCGUAUAUUAAAUAAAUGGAUAAACAAUCUGAAUUUCUAUUAUUUCCUACAAUUUACUGUGGGAAAACCAGAGUUGAUAACCACUUGGUCAUUUUCUAAACAACGUUCUGACGAGUUCUUUCUAUAGACUGAUAGUAAUUAUUCUAGUACUUUCCAACAUGUAAAUAGGACAUUCAAUGUCAUUUUUGAUUCUUUUAAGUCUCACUGCCUAACUAAUGCCAGUAUCAACAGAAUGUGCCGCAGCAUUACUAUCUUUUAGAUACCCUAGUUUAAACAUAUUGUCCUCAAGUUUAAGUAGAAACUUAGAAAGUAAAGUUGAUUUGUAGCAGUUUUGAACUGUUUACGUUUUCAAUAGGAUGUUACUCUACAUGCAUAAUUUUAUGUAAACUGCUAAUUUUUGUAAGAGUAUGCUAACCACAGAUACAUCUUAAGUCAUUUAGCCCUGGGAUGAUUCCUGGCCUAAGUAAUUAAGUAUAAUUAUAGUAUGUACCCGAAGUUCAAACAUGAUAUGUCUUGAGCCAUUGUUACACAAUGUGUUGGUUGUGUAGCAGUCAGAAUGUAACGAUUUCUAUUACCAAAGCGCUUAACUUGUUAGUAUAAGUAAUCUAUAGUUUUCUUGUCAGCCUUUUCAAAUGGUAUGGACUCUGAAAAGCAAUGCAAGACAUUGCUUGAGUUUAAGUUAUUAUGAGUCAGUUUAGGUUCGUAUGAAUUUACAUUGCAUUCAAAACGCUUUUUGUCAAAUCCUUUGGAUAAUUUAUGCUACUCCUCUUUUAGGAUUUGUCAUCCUUUCCCAGCACAGCCUCUACAUCACAGGAAGACCAUGAAAGCAAUUCAGGAUCCACUUCCUCCAGGAAAUUAAGAGUUACUCUGUUAAGCAGUGAAUGGAGAUCAACAAAAGGAGGCUUAUCAACCAUCAACCGAGAGCUGGCCAUUCAGUUGGCAAAACAUCCCAGCGUGGAGGUCAGCGUUUAUCUUCCUCAGUGCAGUGAAGAGGAUAAACGAGUUGCUGCAAGUCACAGUGUUACUCUCAUUGAAGCAGAAAAAAGGCCAGGUUUAGAACCAGAACUCUGGUUGUCUUGUCUGCCAAAAGACCAUGUUGUGGAUUGUGUGAUAGGACAUGGGGCCGUUCUUGGUCGUCAAGUGCAGAUUAUAAAACACCAUCAUCAUUGUAAGUGGAUUCAAGUCGUUCAUACAGCUCCCGAAGAACUUGGAAUGUACAAAGGAUAUGAAGAGCACAUUUCCAAAGGUGAGAAGAAGCACCAAGUUGAGAUUGAACUCUGUAAAUUGGCUGAUGAAGUUGUAGCAGUUGGACCCAAGCUGGCUGAAGUUUUCUCACGUUAUCUUCGUCCCUGUGGAAAAGAUCAAGAUGUUCUCAAUCUUACUCCAGGCAUUUUCUCUGAGUUUGCUGAUGUAAAGCAAGCCUCUCAAGAAAGGAGUUCAUUCAGUGUUUUGAUGUUUGGACGUGGCGACAGUGAAGAUUUUCAGCUGAAGGGAUAUGAUAUCGCUGCCCAAGCCAUUGCUGAGUUGAAAGAUACGACCUACAAACUUGUGUUUGUUGGGGCAACAAGCGGAGAAGAAGAGAAAGUAGCAGACUUGUUACUUAAGUAUGGCAUUGAUCGCAGUCAACUCAGGGUGCGUCGUUUUAAUGAAAGUAGAGAGCAGCUAGCACAGUUGUUUUGUGAAGUGGAUCUUGCUAUAAUGCCUUCCCGAACUGAGGGCUUUGGUCUAGCUGCCCUUGAGGCUUUAUCUGCUGGUCUGCCUGUGCUGGUCAGUGGGAACUCUGGUUUUGGAGAGUCUUUAAAGAAAGUUCCUUUUGGUUCGAGCUGUGUGAUAGAGUCAGAAAAUCCUAAAGAAUGGGCCAAUGUAGUCAAAGCUGUUCGUCAGAAAGACAGGGAGAUGCGACUAGGGGAGUCUAAUGUUGUACGUAGAGCAUAUGCAGAAAAGUACAUUUGGGAGGAACAGUGUGAUAAACUCGUAGAAAGAAUGAAAAUCAUCACUUUAGAAGGUCAGUUAAAUUGGUCACAGUCUGUUUCUUCAUCUGUGUUAUUAGACUUGGGAAACAGGUGUGACAUACACGGCAUUUGCUCAUAAAAAGAUGCCAUAUGGUACUCAUUAAAGUUUGAACGCAUUUUUUGACACACCUCCAGUUUAGACGGAGAACUUUUGAAAGAGUCACGGACAGUUGCCUAUCUGUUUUGACAGAAAUAGCUAGUAAAGGUUCAAAAGAGAUAGGCUUGAGUUCAGAAACAGUGACAAUUACUUUUGCUGCUCACAAACUUGAGUUUCACCAAAAGGCUCUACGUUUCGGUUAGUAUCGAGGAAUGCUGACAGAAAAGGUGAAAUCACUUGUCACAAAUGAAAUAUUUAUUAAGAGUGAAGGGCUGUCAUUAAGAGGCGGGGGCCGGGGAUUUCCCCCGGCUACUAUGAAUGUGGCCCCCGGCUCUUGUUAGUAGUAAAUUCUGUUUUGUAAAAAUUUUGGUGCACUUAAACAAAUUACCGAAUAUUUUUUAAACCGCUGAGCAGAUUUUUUCAAAAUUUGAUUCUCGAAAUUAAACGUCGUUUUAGGAGACCUUUGGGUCGCAAGUUUAUUGAUAUAUUGUAAGGCAGUAAAUUAAGGGCUACAAUUCGCCAAUAUUUAUCUGAAGUUUCGUCUUAACAAGCGAAAGCCUCGUGUUAUUCAGGGGUAUUGUCUCCCAAGUUUUCUUUUUAUGUGAACAGUAGUAACUAAGAGCGCCUCGAUACAUACUAAUCAGAUCCUUCUUUCUAGCAAUCGGCUGGAGCUUUACAUCUCCAUGGGAGGUGUUACAUUUUUUUGCAUGCCGCGUUGUUUGCGAACGCGAGGAAAGUUGAUGUUAGCGAAUUUCAGGUUAAAAAUUAGGUCAUUUCAAGACUCCAACCUCGAAAACCGACAUUCAAACUUUUAUCGGAUGUCCUGACCGUCGCUCUGAAAAGACUUGUUUUGAGAGCUUCGUGGUGUAAGUACCCAUAAAAUUUAGAAUUAGGAAAGCCGAAACUGCAAAGAAAUGUAGCAAGAAUUUUGCUGCACGAGCACGAGAACAAAUUCUGAAAACAAACCUUUUGCUUUUGUUGUCGUGGUGGUUUUGAAAGCCUGGUUUCCAUACAAUUGUUCACAUUACCCUCAUCUCAUUGCCUCCAUUUUUGGGCGAUGUAAGUAUAUGUUUACGUAUCUUCAUUUCAUCGCCUCUAUUUUGUGGGGCGAAAGAGAGGAUGCGGAUGAUUAUAUAAAGGCAGCCUAUAAACGUACUUCAGUUUUAUUUAAGGUCGUGUUGUUAGCCUGUGUAGCUUAUUGGAUCAGAAGGAGUUGGUGUUUGUCACAGGAGGCGAGCUUUGUCCGUUGAAAAUACGGUUGCAUUUAUACAUACAACAUACACGUUUUACAACUUAAUCAGUGCUCCAUGAUGUACUGUUUGUAUGUGACAGAAGUUAGUAAUUCUCUUUUAAGUGAUGUGCAUCAAGUUUGGUAUUCGUUUGUGCUGAAAUUCAAAUGCUUGAUGCCUUAUUAAAAAUGGAUAUACUUCUGUGCAUUUAUGCGGUUGAUGAAACCUCGAAGUUCCUAAAAUUAACACAAUUUGGGGGCCUUGGAAAUGUUGUGAUAUUGCUACGGGCUAUCUACCCUCCAACGAUUUUCUUUGUUGGGAUUAAUUGUCAGCGUAUUCAGCGUUAAGAAUACUUCUCAUUAAAAAAAGUUCUGUUAAUUUUUAAAAGUUCUCAGGCGCAGUUAUUUGGGCAAACGCUUAAUGUUAGUUGAUUUAAUUGCAGGCGCAGCGAAGAGAUCCAGGUCUUCAACGAAAGGCAAAAGGCCGUUAUCUUCGAGUGCUGUCGCAACACCAAAACAACCGAGACUAACGCGGAGAGAUGAAGGUAGAGGUUGUUUUUGGAUUAUUUAGAGUAUGGGUUGGUAUUUCAUAUAUUUAAACUUCCUUGAUUCUUGUAUUGUUUUGUGUCGUUGGUCUUGUGUUCCUAAAAUGCGGUUUCAUAAGCUGCAUAGCUUACAAAAUAAAAAUCAUAUAUUUAAACUUCCUUGAUUCUUGUAUUGUUUUGUGUCGUUGGUCUUGUGUUCCUAAAAUGCGGUUUCAUAAGCUGCAUAGCUUACAAAAUAAAAAUAUGGUGGUUCCUUUUUUACAUUGUCAAAGAUUCAAAAUCUUUCAUUUCGAGCAUCAACCUUACUAUGGAUUCGUUGACAAAGAGCUUGAGUUCAAAACGCUAGCCUUUCAAUCCUUUUACAAUGCGGAAAAGUUAACUUUAAAAGUCAACUCUGUUGAUUUAAUCCAAACUAUCAUAUCUCACCCCGCUUUCCGUUUCCUGGCGGCCUCUCUCUUUGUUUAACCUUUUGUUCAUUCUUUGCAUUCUUUUACCCUGGUAAAAGUGUGACAGGUGCCUGGUCCCAUUGCCGUGGGGGCUCAUGGCUGGAAGGCGCGGGUUUACCAGCCAAGGGGGGCUUGGCGUAACUCUGUCUAGGGGCUGGCUUUGCCAAAAGUGGAAGCCCCUGGGCAUGCCAGGCACUCACCUCCACUAAGCUACGCACUUGUUAAAGAGAGGUGAAAUAUUUCUUAACUCCUUCACAGGCGAGCUUUGUCCACUGAGUUUUAAGUAAGCUCUAUUCCUGCCUUUUAAAGUUGCCGUGUCACGGUAGUCUAAUCUAUUUGCUUAAUUUUCUAAUUACUAGCCUAAAGGUGGAUUUCCACUGUCGCAUAAUUUAUACGCGACAGCAGAAAUCUAGUAAUUGAUUACGGAUAUACUUUUCGGCAGUUCAGUACACGGUUCACAAAACCUCGAAAUCCCUCAAAGUAACGACUGUAGGGGGGCCUUGGAAAUGUUUUAGUAUUGCUAAGCUAUCUGUCCUCCAAUAAUUGUCUUUGUUUUUAGCCGUAAGCAGGAUUUAUUAUUAGUGUAAAAUUAAAAAUUAAUCCACUUUUUUAAUUGCGAAAAUAUUUUCGGCACAGUUAACAGAACAAAAGUUGUUGCUACUGAUGGCAAUGGUGGACAUGGAUUGAAACUUGAAAAAUUUGGGCCAACCUUUUUACACGUUUUAAUGCUAUGCCUUCAGAAAUAAAUAAAAAAAAUUAUUAUGGUUAGUGCUCGUUGAUGAAGAUUGUUUGAUCUUCUUCACAACACUACAGGAGAAAAGAGAGCUACCUUAGUAGUACUUAAUUUCGUGAUUUUGGCAAGACAGUAUUUCGCGGGGUUUUAUUUUCGCGAUUUCACUAGGCAAUUAUGGAAAAAGGCAUUAGAUUUUUUGCGAUUAAGGCGUUCUGAACCUGAUUUUAUUUUUCAAACGUCUGAAUUUUUUAAAAUAUCGAGAUAAAAUGAAACAAGAAAAACGCAUAUUAACGUUAUUUUACAACAGAAGGCACAGUCAAGGAAUGGAACUUACCAGUUAACCAGCUAAUAAUUUGUUGGUAUUUGAGUAUAUCUGGUAAUUGUUUAAUUAAUUUUUUCUUUCUGUGAUUUCAAUUUUCUGUAUGGGUAUUUAAUCUCGCUUGUUUAACUAUCGCGGGGAUUUUUAUUCGCGGGUCUUUAAUUUCGCGAUGUUUUCCACAAUCGCGAAAUCCGCGAAAUUAAGUACCAAUAACUUAGGUAUAUACUCGUGACGUAAUCCCUUUAAUGUUGGUAAUUGAUUUAAUUGUAGGCGCUGGCGCACGUUUCUGUCGUUUCUCUAGGUCCAGAAGCUCUUUUCCGUUUUCCGGCAAUAGAAGUACACGACAAGGGCGAGGUUUUGUUGGCUUUGACAACUUUCUCCUUCCAUUUCAAGCAAAGACCCAAUAUUAGAGUAAGAGUUGGUAUGACAUUACGUGCGUAUGAGAGAGUUUAGGAUGGUCUCGUGUCCUUGGGUGCGUGUUUCUCGAGAGCCUGGUUAUGCUUUUAUCACGUUACUUUCACCGUAAGAAACUAACUAUUUAUCGCUAGCCUCUUGUCAGUCAGAUCAGCUUCCCACGCAGACCUUCUCAGGACUUCGUCACACCCUAGGAAAGUCUGCGUUAGAGGCUAAGCUGUUGAGAAUCGAAACACAUUCCUUAACUUUUGUAUUUGCGGCGUAAUGAACAAACUAAUAACUUGUCAGAAAAUUUAGAGUGAUCUCAGUUCUGUUUUGGAACGCAAAUGAUUUUUACAUUAUUUGUUAAAGACAUGAACCUUAAAAGUGAAAUGUUUUUACAGAGAAUGUAUGCCACACAGUUUUCAUAAAAAUGUAAGCGUUGAUAGCUUUUUCUUUUCCGCCAAAUGUUACCAUUGUCUCGGUGAAGCUCAUUCUGUCACGGAAGGUAUUUUAAUAUGUCAUCGAAAUCAUUUACUUGUAUAGACAGUAACAUCCUUAUCUGUAAGCAAAAUAAGUAGAAUUAACGGCCUUUCUGCUUACUGAGGAGAGGAAAGCAUGUCACAGUGAGAUUAAUCCGUUUGGAAUGUCAACUCUACGUUUAUCUUUAUUGCCAAAUAUUCCCUCACCUUUUUGUUUCCAGCAGGUUGGAACAACUCGGUUGUUGUUGAAGUGCUCAAAGCUGAAUACAAAAGGCGCUGUCUGUUAAGACCACUUCUUUGGGAUAGCACUAUCGAGUUACCCCUAGAGAACGUUUACACGAGACUGAAAAUCAUUUCAAGAAGAAAGUUGGCCAUCCAGAUGGAAGCCAAUAUGGCGAAUAUGUUCCACCUCAUAGCCCCCGAGGGACAAAAACCAGACUUAGUGAGUGGAAAUGACGAGGUGAACGUGACUGAAAUCUUCAAGACCCUUGAAAAAGGUAAGGAUGUCAUGACGCUUGUCGAAGGAAGUCCAGGGAUCGGUAAAACAAUGUUUUGCCUUAAACUUGCUUUUGACUCUACACAUGGAAAAAUCCCAACAGAGUGUUCCUUUCCCAAGUUUGAAGUUGUGUUGCUCCUGAAAUGUCGAGACAUGGAUGGAAAUAUAAUGGACACCAUAAGGGAACAACUUCUGCCCAGAGAUAUUGAGGAGGAGAUUGUAGAGAAGUUGUUGCACUUCCUCAAGGAUAUUCAUAACCAGGAAAGAAUUUUGAUAAUUUUGGAUGGUUUGGAUGAGCUGCCUGAAAAAUCACGGCACCAUGUAGAUGAGCUGCUUCACAGACGAAUUUUCCCAUUUUGCUAUGUCUUGGCUACGUCACGACAAGAAAGAGGAAUUGAAGCACGAAAAUACUUUGUAUUUGAUAUUCAUUUAGAGAUUAAAGGGUACACGGAAAGUGAUGCUAUUGUCUACGUAAGAAGACACUUCAAAACCAUUGGUCAGUCACCAAAGGGGGAGAGGCUAAUUGAGGAAAUGCAACAGAACACCUUCUUGAAUGCACUCCAAAACAACCCUUUAAAUUUACUUCUCCUCUGUGUUGUUUAUGAGGACUACGAGGGAAAAUUGCCGACUUCCCGGACGGAACUUUACCAAGUCAUUGUGCAAUGUCUUUUGAGACGAUACUGCGCCAAACGCAACCAACCGGCCCUUAGGAAUGACAUCGCCUUAGAGAAAAAAUUUGAGAAGGAAAUUCUUGCCCUUGGAGAGCUAGCUUGGUUAUGCCUGCUGAGUGAUCGUUAUGGUUUCCGCGAAUCUGAAUUGGAUGAGUUUGAAAGUAGAUACCCGGGAUUGGUAGCACGUGAGCUAGGCCUUCUUUACAAGGAAGAAAGUUUAAAGAGAUUAAAGCCUGAACAUGAGUACUGCUUUCUUCACAAGACCUUCCAAGAGUACGUAGCUGCCGCGUAUAUCGCAGAGAAGUUAGUAAAUCAGCAGUUUAAUGUAUUUGAGCGCAUUUCCAUUGAUGAUUUGGAAACGGAAUAUCCACAAGUGUUUAUUUUUGUUUCUGGGAUGCUGGGCGAGAAAGCAACUGUCCUAUUCACCCAGAUGGGCGAAGAGUUAAAGAAGUCAUAUAACUGGAAUUGGACCGACUAUUGCAGUGAGGAGGAAGCUACUUUGUUUAUUGAAAGCUUUAAUGAAAGUGGACAUCCUGAACAAAUGGCAGCUACUCUAUGUAAAGUUAUACCUUUUCCAAAGGUCAUAACCCUUGAUUCAUAUGAAGGUCACAAUCUUUUUUUUCUUGAUGUUUUAAUGGCUUGUAAGAGCUUUUCAAAUCUACAGACACCUGUUGAACUCUAUGCUGAUACAUGUUUUUUGAAGGAGGGAGGGAGUACCGUAUUGAAUUAUAUAGAAUCCUGUCCGCUGCUGACAAUCGUAAGUGUUGUUUAUGAUAAGGACUCUUUGACGUCAUUUGAUAGCGAUCGUCUUUGCAAAUGGUUUUCUACUACCAAGAGUCUAUCAGAGUUUACUCUUAAAUUCAGAUAUGAUACCACUCCUGAGGAAAGUGACCUGCUGGUUCAAAUUGUACAUGGCUUGGCUUCAUGUCGAACUCUGACAAAAGAAACGUUUUCUUUGCCUGGAUGUGCUUAUAGCGAGGGUUUUUUCAAUUCCCUUGAAACUGGAUUGGCACCACUGACGUCUGUUGGUCUCGAGGUACAUGGCUCAAUGAAUUACACUACGACACGAGCCUUACAAAAUUUUUUGUCAAAUAAAUCCUUGAAUUCUGUUUCUCUUUGUAUUGUUGGAGGCGUGCAGGAUUUGUUAGUAGCUACUGUUAGUGAAGCACUGGCAAGACAAACAGUUUUAAAAUCUCUUGAUCUUCAUUUUGGUGGACCGCUAAGUUCCUCUAGUGCCAGUUUCCUGGAAAAAGGGCUUAUGGAAAAUAGUUCUUUGAAUUAUAUAAGACUGUGUGUCUACGGUGAGCUCCCUGGUAACUGGCAUUCUGUAUUGGAAAAUCUUUGCUUGGCGAAAAAGUCCCCCGUUUGCUGUUGUAUUUAUCCAAACACCUUCAACAACGUAGUAAAUAAUUAUUUUCAUCCUGUUCUGGUUUGGAAAGGGUUAAAUGUAAAGCAACACUUAACUGUUAACGUCUGGGGUGAGAUGAAAUGCGAAGCGGCAGAAGUUCUCUGUGCUCUUUUGGCGCCUUCCUCCAUUACUGUUCUCACCUUAAACGUGCGUGGAAAUUUGACAAGUGAAGUUUCUAAUUCCAUUGCAAAAUGUUUGGAAGAUAACAAGACACUAUCUUCCCUGUCCAUCAAUUUAUGGGGUGAGUUGACAACAGAGGGAGGUAAUGUUCCUUCCAGCCUUUCAAAAAACAGUCGCGUUCAGUUAAAUGUACAUGAUGUGCGUAUAGGCCCAGCUGAGUCGAACAAUGUUCCUGUUAUCCCUACCGAUAACCUUGCGGCAUUGAGAGUUUUUUUCACUAACGUCAAGGAUAGAAGAAAAGAAAAAGUCAGUCUUAUAGUCAAUAACGAUAGUAAUGUUACCAAGGAGUGGACACGUUGUCUAGGUGAUGUUUUGGCAGAAAAUCUAUCCCUGAGUACGCUUGAUCUGACCGUCAACAGCUGCUUCGUAGAUGCAGAUUUGGGAGAAAACCUUGGGGAAAGUUUAUUGCAAAGCACUUCUUUAAUAUCUCUUGGUCUCACAUUCAACUUCAGUAACAUGAAAGAAGGAUGGUUAUGUAGCCUGGGUGAGCGUUUGAUCAAAAUGGCAUCUUUAACCACAAUCAGUCUUAAAAUAAACAGCGACGGUGAGAGGAAUCAGAAGGAUAGUUUGAGUCCUACGCUCAGCAGCCUUGACUAUGUUGAGGAGAAUCAGGGGAAUUGUUUGAGUCCGACUAAACUGAGUAACGUGCUAGCGGCAAUCAAAUCAUUAUCUUCCCUUUCUGUUGUAAUCGUUAGUGAUAGUAUGUGUUCAUUUUGGGAUGAGGUUGUAGGUGACUGCUUGAUAAAAUGCACGUCACUUAAGAAACUUAGUCUCUCAUUGAACGGGGGUAAAUCAGACUUUUAUUGCGCUUUUAGUGGCCUUUGUAACGGCUUGGUGACAACAAGCUCAUUAAAUACAUUAUGUGUCGCAAUUUUUAUUAACGACCCCACUGAUAAGUAUUUUUCCAGGUUGUUCUCUGGUCUUGAUCGAGGUCUGUCAUUAAACUCGUCAAUAACUACACUGACACUAACAAUAACUGUGGCAGCAGAUAAAACAGAUGAUAUUAUUCGGCUGAGCAGUUUCGAUCACGGACUGUCAGUGAACACGUCAAUAACUACGUUAAAUAUCACAAUAAAUGAGUGUGGUGAUGGAAAAUCGGAUAUACCCCUGUUUCUUUGCAUGUUUGGAGGUUUGGCAAAUAACACAUCAGUUACCACAUUCAAUCUGACCCUCAACAGUAGCAAAGAAGUGAGUGAUGACUGGUUAACAGGCCUUUCCAACACCUUGAUGGCAAACACCUCAUUAACUACUCUGAGAUUAAAAGUGAACAACCAUUGUGCUACAGGUGAAAGUCGUUUAUAUGACUUCAGGAAACUUUUAAUAGAAAGCGCAUCAUUAUCCUUACUUGAACUCGAUGUAAGUUUUUAUGGAAAAGAGAGUGGGUGUCAUAAGGUUUUAAUUCAGUAG